AUGCUGUUUGCUUCCCUCCUCCUGGCUUCGGUCUCUCACAGUCAAAUCACCCGCUUGUACAGUCGCUUCACCAGCCUAGACAAAGGAGAAAAUGGCACUCUUAGCCGUGAAGACUUCCAGCGGAUCCCAGAGCUUGCCAUCAAUCCACUGGGAGACAGAAUUAUCAAUGCCUUCUUUCCAGAAGGAGAGGACCAGGUGAAUUUCCGUGGAUUCAUGAGGACACUAGCCCACUUCCGACCCAUAGAAGAUAAUGAAAAGAACAAAGACCAGAAUGGACCAGAACCACUGAACAGCCGAAGUAACAAACUCCACUUUGCUUUUCGGUUAUAUGAUCUAGAUAAAGAUGACAAGAUUUCCAGGGAUGAGCUGCUUCAGGUAUUACGGAUGAUGGUUGGUGUAAACAUUUCAGAUGAGCAGCUGGGCAGCAUUGCUGACAGGACAAUCCAGGAAGCUGAUCAAGAUGGGGAUAGUGCCAUCUCCUUUGCAGAGUUUGUAAAGGUUUUGGAGAAGGUGGAUGUAGAACAGAAAAUGAGCAUUCGAUUUCUUCACUGAUGGAUGGAGAACCUGUUCCUUUCUACCCCUACUAUAUAAUGAAUAGAACUUCAUUUUCUCCUUAGCACCUUCCCCCAGAGCAUUGCUACUGGUGCAUAUACAUCUCCAACCCCUCCCCAAUUUGUUCUACCAGUGUGAACAUUCCCUGUGCAUCAGGAACAAAGGGAAAUGGCUGCCAUGCAACUUGGAAAGGAGUUGGUUUUGGUUUUUUUAAUCUUUUCCUUCCAUUUUUUUUACCCUUUCUCCCUUGUCUCCUUCUGCACUACGGUUUCAACAAAAAGUGUCUCUCCUUACGUACUGCUGUUUAAUCUACAAACUAAUUCUUCUGAGCUCUGAAUCUGAGACUGGAAAAACGAGAACACACCACAGAAGUGCCCUCUGAAACACUGCAGAAACAAGCAUCUACUCAAAUACUAGGUGCAGUGAUAAUGAUUCACUUUUGCGC